UUUAAGGUAUGGCAAAUUUCUUCUUAUGCUAUGAAUGUGGCACAACGUUCAGCGUAAGGAACGAUUUCGACGAACAUAUUUUGGUGCACCAAGCAGUCUCUCUGUGCUACCAAAUUUAUGAGUUCGAUAAAGGAGGACUCUCCAUCAUCAAGGCUAAAGUGGAAAGCCAACAUACAUCAUCUUCCAAAGAGAGCUGUAAACCGCAGGCAGUCAGAUUAUCGGCAACAUUUCGCAAAGCAUCUUCUGAUUGCUCUCAGAGAAAUGCACGAAAAACAACAACGAAGCGAAAAUUAACUGGUCUUGCUUUUUCGCCGGAUAACCCUAAAGUACCUUGCUUGAAACAAAGGAAGAACUCCCAAAAUGAUGUAAAAACUACGAAAGUGAACAAAACACAGGAUGAUUCAACUAUUGUUACCACCAUUAACUCAGAGGCCAUUCACCCGCAGAUGGACAAAGAAUUUUCGAGAGUGGAAUUGGGUGAACCGAAACAUGGGCCAAAAAUAAGUUCGACGGAUGUUUUGGUCACAAGGCUUCCUAUGGACGUUUCUGGAUCCACUCAAAUUGAUUUGCUGGAGAAUCAGGUGACGAAACCAGCGAAAGUUACUGAACUGUCGAAAACUGAUGUACCCAUAACAGCGGCAACAAUAUCAGCAGGAGCAAUUAUUCCUUCAUCGCCAUCUACAUCCUUAACUACAACAAUAUCAAGCAAAGGUGAAUCUACGACGUCGGAAACUGCUCCAACACUCCCAAAAUGUUUGAACUGUGAUUAUCGAAGCAGUCAAGGAACGGAUAUGGUCGAACACGUUGUUCGAGUACACAAAACGUCUAUUACCAGUCUUGAAAGAGUAGAUUUCGUAAAUGGGAAGUGGUCAGAGGCGGUAAAGCUUGAACCGAGACAGCAGUGUGCUUAUUGUGUGCGAACGUUCCGAGAAGUGACAGAUUAUUUCCUGCAUGUGAUAAUUUACCACAAAAGAAAUUUGUUACCACCGGGCGUCAGUAAAUAUAACUGCAUCGUUUACCUUUCUCAUCCUGGCAUGCCUACACACAUGGUUCGUAUUUUUAUGAAGAGACCAUAAGCCGAAAUGAGCUGAAAAUUUCGUUCAAGAAACAGAUAAUGUCAUAGUUCACAAAAAUUUUUCAACAAAUGGGUAUUUUUCCGUUUUGAAACAUUUUGUCGAAAUGUUGUCUUCAUUAUCUGGCGGACUUUACCAAUUAUCCAGUGAUACUUUUGUUCAACUGUUGAGCUCAUAUAUACCAGUAAUUUAUAAAUGAAGAAAAAUAAAGUCGAAAGUUUUCAUUUUUUGAAGAAUGAUACACAUGAAGUUCCCGAAAUACGCAAUUUCCGUGAUGUAUAUUUUUGUCCCAAUUGAAAAUUAUUGGCAGGAUUGAUGUUAAAU